CUGAUUGCCGGGGACUUCGAGUGGUUAAGAUUGAAAGUGACUUCGAACAAACCAACCAACCAACGGACAAACGGAACCAAACUUCCUAUGCACUAUAUAUAAUUUCAACAAAGCUUCUUUCCCAAUUGAUUAUUCCAUCUUCCCCACUUCCUCAAUUCUUUCAUCGCCAUCUUCUUCUACAACCCUCCUCUAGCUUAUCUGAAUACCUGUGCUGAGCUCAAUCAGCAAGUGCGGAAGUGCCGACCAAGCUACAAAACUGGAGUGGGGGAAAGGGAAAGCGAAUCCAAUUGUGAACAACUUGAGAGCCAGGCUGCGGCUGAAGCCUAUGCCCUUGAUGAACGUGUUUCAUGAUGGUGAUGGCUUCCCCAGGAUCGUUCUCGCCGACCCUUCUGGCUCAUCAGCUGAGGUGCUUCUGUAUGGGGGCCAGGUUGUCUCCUGGAAGAAUGAAAGGAGAGAAGAACUACUCUUUAUGAGCAGCAAGGCCAUAUGGAAGCCACCUAAGGCCAUCCGAGGGGGAAUACCUGUCUUCUUUCCUCAGUUUGGAAAUCUUGGUACUUCGGAGAGAAAUGGAUUUGCUAGGAAUAAAUUCUGGACGAUAGACAGUGAUCCUUCACCUUUGCCUCCAUCAAACAACCACUCAUCAGUAGAUCUUCUGUUGAAGUCCACAGAUGAGGACCUGAAGAUCUGGCCUCGGAGCUUUGAGUUACGGCUUCGUGUCUCCCUUAGUGCUGGAAAGCUCACUUUGAUACCUCGCGUGAGAAACACAGAUACCAAACCUUUCUCUUUCACAUUUGCUCUCCGAAACUAUUUAUCUGUAUCAGAUAUCAGUGAAGUGCGUGUUGAAGGCUUGGAGACACUUGACUACUUAGACAAUCUUAUGAGGCGAGAGAGGUUUACUGAACAGGCAGAUGCAAUCACUUUUGAUGGCGAGGUUGACAGAAUAUAUUUGAGCUCUCCACAGAAGAUCGCCAUAAUAGACCACGAGAAGAAGAGAACUUUUGUGCUGCGCAAGGAUGGGAUGCCUGAUGCAGGUAUGUGGAAUCCUUGGGACAAAAGGGCCAAAACAGUGCCUGAUUUGGGAUACGAGGACUACAAAACCAUGUUGUGUGUGGAUUCUGCUGUCACUGAAACCCCAAUCGUCCUAAAACCUUUGGAAGAAUGGAAGGGCUACCAGGAGCUCUCUACUGUUUCAUCAAGUUAUUGCAGUGGGCAAUUAGAUCCUCGAAAGGUUCUUUACGGUUUCUGAUGAACUUGAUCAGUUCACGUAGUGUGGAUAAGUAAGAUUAUUGACUCAGCAACCUUUCUCCCAAUAAGUUAUACAUACUACUAGUAGAAAAGCAAUCAAAUUCUUACCCAAAAAAACAAAAGCAAUCAAAUAUAGGGAUCUGGUGUUGCAGUGAGUCAAUUCCACAUUGUAGAGCAACAAGAUAUUUGUAUGUUGCCUCUUUGUGAUGAUAUGAUAUUAUCAAUAUGUAUGAGAUGUAAUUAGCUAGAGCGAGCCUCGACAUCUGAUUGGACGAAUUGCAGUUGAUUCUUAUCACACUUGUCAUUGCCAUGGCUAAAGAUCAAGUUACACUUGGUAACAUAGAAUGUAACAUACAAUGAAACAGGAAAGUUUGAUUGAUUGUCAUGAUGCCCUUGUGUUAUUGAGCAGCUAGCUACACCAGCUUCUUAUUAUUGAUUGUCUUGGUACGAGUUUGAUGGAGGUUUCUAGGUGUUUUAGAACAUAGAAAGCAAUUGCAUCCCAAACUUCUCCUUGGCUUCCUUGUCUAAUGGAUCAUCUCCCAAAUACAUGUUAACAUAUGCCCUGCAUAGAAGCUCGCUCUCAACUUUGCUGAUGACCUCAUCCACCACUUUGGUUUGGAGUACAUUCCCUGGUAGCCGGGAGAUCUCAAUCACAGAGCCACUCGACAGCUUGAUUCCAUCAGAAGCUGCACCCAUCACCCUGCAAUCAAUCAUCAUCAACAGGUAUCAUGAAUUUUCCAAUUUUGCAGACUGAAACCAACAUUGCUGAAGUGCUAAUGGUCCUACUUGUUGGCGAGAUCAUCGUUCUUCUUCCCUCCAGUGAGCUUCUUGAUAGAUGCUCCGAGACCUUCAUCAAAGUUCUUCUUGACCAUGUUCAUGGUCAGCGAAGAGAACACAAUCACCAGCCUCACUGUCAUGGCUGAGUCACUGUCGGUCACCGCCUGGUACAUUUCCUUGGUUGGUUUAGUGGAUUCCUUGCUAUCAAUCUUUGUCUUGAGAUUCUCUUUCAGCUUCUCCUUGUCAUAGUACAUCCCUAAGCCGUAGAUCUUGAUCCCCAUGCCAAGCAUGGAUUUCUUCCUCAAACCAACGGUCAUCAGUUCCUUCCCAUCAGUCAGCUUGACCGGGAACGAAACCCCAGUUUUCGGCUCUACUUCAACUGCAACUUCUUCUGCUGCUGCUGCUGCUGCAACUUCCUCUUGUUUCUUGGCCUGAUCAAGAGUCUCGGCUGCCACCUUUGUUUCAUCCUUGAGUUUCAUCCCAUUGAGCUUCUCCUCCAAUGGAGGAGUUGUGUGCUGAUUAUCAGCAUUGACAUUGUUCUCAGCAAUGGCUGCCAUUUCUUGUGCUACCUAACUAGCUAGCCUUGUGGGGAAGAUAUUGAGAGAGGUAGAGUUGAGCUGUAGAAAUAUGUUGCUUUACUUGGUGAUGGAAUAGGAAAUGGCUAUUGGUUUAUAUAGGGAUAUAUAAUAUGGGUAGUGAAUGACCAAAAGGAAGCAUUCAAAGCCUUGCCACCAACAGAUUGUUCCUGCCUUGGUUGGUAGUCGGUGCAAGUUCUUUUCUUUGGUUUAAGUCCAUUAGUUAUUUUGGGGUCUUAAGACUCCUAGAGUAACGUGAUCAACUCAAAAUGUGA